AUGCGUUUCACGCUUAUCGCUUCUGCCCUGGCCCUGGCUGUCGGCACCAACGCGGCCAUGUCCGCCUCUGAAGUUCAGUCCAAUAUCGAUGCUAUCACUCAAAAGUCUGCAGAGACGAAGGAUGUUGCCCAUAGUAUCACCGUCUUGAACGCGCUAAACAAGGGUCCUCUCGUGAUCAAUGAUUUCAAGGAUAUCAUCACCCUUGCUACCAAUGAUAUCACCGCAAUGAACAGCAAGCGCUCUGAAGAAGCCGCCUUGGACUCUGUCGCUGCUCUUGGCUCUCAGAAGAAGCGCCAGAGUGUCGGAUACAGUGCUGUCGAGCAACAGGGGAUCUGCAACGCUUUCCGAAGCUUUGUCGAAGUCCACCAGGACCUUCUCAGAGUCGUGAUUGGCAAGCACGGCAUCUUAAGUACGUUCUCUUUUACCAAACCUAUCGCCACCGUUCUUCAAACCCUAGAGGGAGGUGUUGAUAAGCUUGCGUUUGGUAUCAUUGAUACCGUUCCAACCUGUGCUCAAGAUGCUACUCAGAACAAGAACGCUCUUGACCAGACUCUCAAGGAUGCGGAGACUACAUACUCCAACUAA